CCCCUUCUUCUCUUUUUAAGAAUGCACCACAGUUUAAAGCUAAUUACGCUGAACUUGUUUUAGCUAGAACUAGUCCAGUGCUCAUCUAUCAGAUUUCUUCGACUGAGACUCGGGUCCUUGUUGAUAUUCGAGGGGAAAUGCCAAAAAAUUUAAAAGAAUACAUGAUCGAGAACAUUCAACCACAGCUACCUGAUCACUUAAAGGAGCCAUUCUUAAUAGCAGUUCAGAACGACCGUUUGAGGACUAUGCCAGCCAGCUUCUUGCCUCCUUCAGCUGUUAAUAAAAAAGGUGUUCUCCUUCUAGGAGAUGCAUAUAAUAUAAGACACCCCCUAACUGGUGGAGGAAUGAGUGUUGUUUUAAACGAUGUUAAAAUAUGGAGAAGUUUGCUUCAGGAUAUUCCGGAUCUUUAUGAAGAUUCUGAUGUUCUUAAGGCAAAAAGAACAUUUUACUGGUCAAGAAAAAAAUCUCAUUCCUUUGUAGUGAACAUUCUUGCCCAGGCACUUUAUGAACUCUUUGCUGCCACAGAUGAUUCCUUGCAUCAGCUAAAGAAAGCCUGUUUCCAUUACUUCAGACUUGGUGGAGAAUGUGUCUCGGGGCCUGUUGGACUGCUGUCUGUGUUAUCUCCUAAACCAAUGGUCCUGAUUGGCCACUUCUUUGCUGUGGCAUUAUACGCUGUUUAUUUUUGCUUUAAGUCAGAGUCGUGGAUCACCACUCCUCGAGCCUUUUUCAGUAGUGGAGCUGUUCUUUACCGGAGUUGCUCUAUAAUAUUUCCACUUAUUUACUCUGAAAUGAAGUAUUUAGUCUAUUGAAAUCCAUGGGGAAAUGACUGGAGGAAGAAAACACGAACAUCACGAUGCCUUCAAAAUCUUUGGACACGUGCUAUACGUUUUCUUCUCUUCAAAAUGCGAUUUCCCUGAUAAGGAUUUGACUUGAUUUUGAUUUUGUGGUUAUAUACAUAUAUAUUAUAUGUAAAUAUGAUUUUCUUGGCGAUAAAAAUUCAAAAAGGAGCUAGCUGUUUACAAGGACCAUAAUUACGUGUUGACAUGUGGUAGAUAAUUGCCGGUUUUGUCAGGAUCUCAUUCCUUGCUUUAUCCAUGGCCGAGUGCACCACUAAUAUUAAUAAACUGAAAAGUGAAAACUGUAAACCA